UAACGUAGCCAAAAACCCCAAACCCGUCAGCGAUGCCGUAAAUUUCCCAGAUUUGUCUCCCAGCUUUCCUUACUAGAGACGCAGUUACGCGGAAAUCUAUCUCGCUAAGCGACCUCCGAUUCUUUCCCCUCUCUCAGGGAACUUUGAUCGAGCACAUCAUCACCAAGAUCCAUCGCGCUUCUCCUCUUCUCCGAUCGAUCACGAUGGUUCCACCGCCGACCCACCCGCCCAGUAUCCAAUACACCCAGCAAUUCCUGAGCAGCGUUCUCUCCCAGCGAGGCCCGGCGGCUCUUCCCUACUCCGAGGAGCUCAAGUGGAUGAUCCGCCAACACAUCCUCGCCCUCAUCGAAGCCUACCCUUCUCUCCAGCCCAAGACCGGCACCUUCACCCACAACGAUGGCCGUACUGUCAAUCUCCUCCAGGUCGACGGUACCGUCCCUAUGCUGUUCCAGGGUGUGACGUAUAAUAUCCCCAUUAUCAUCUGGCUCAUGGAGUCCUACCCUCAACACCCGCCUCUGGUCUUCGUGAAUCCUACUCGCGACAUGAUCAUCAAGCGGGCUCAUCCUUUCGUCAACCCUUCCGGCGUCGUUGCCAUCCCGUAUCUUCAGAAUUGGCUGUACCCUAGUUCUAAUCUUGUUGAAUUAGGUCGCAAUUUAUGCCAUUAUUUUAGCCGCGAUCCCCCUCUGUAUUCCCAGCGCAGACCCAAUCCAAACCCUAACCCUAGCCCUAGCCCUAGCCCCACCCCCAGUCCUUCUACAAGUGCGAAUUUUGCGUCAAUUGGAUCUCAUUUGACAAGCCCUGCCCCGGCGGUCCGGCCUGCCAUACCUCCCCGUGUAUUUCCGCAGUCUCCAUAUGGAAGUGGCGGUGGUUCAGGGAGGGUAAUGGAUGAGCCGUCUGAAGUUUUUAAGCGGAACGCCAUUAAUAAGCUAGUGGAGAACUUGCAUAGUGAUAUAGCAGGGUUGAGGAAGGCCAGGGAGGCAGAAAUGGAAGGCAUGUUCAAUGCCCAAGCUGCAUUGAGGCAGCGAGAGGAGCAGUUGAACAGAGGUCUGAAGGAAAUGCAGGAUGAGAAAGAGGGAUUGGAGCAGCAGUUGCAGAUGGUUUUGAUGAACACCGAUUUACUGGAGGGGUGGCUCAAGGACAAUGAAGCUAAAUUGAACAAGUUAGGGGUUGUGGAUGUUAAUGAGGCUUUUGAGCCUUUUGAUGUUCUUUCUAAACAGAUGCUCGAUUGCUCUGCCUCGGAUUUGGCUAUAGAGGACGCCAUUUAUUCAUUGGACAAGGCUGCACAGGAUGGUGCAAUACCAUUUGAUCAGUACUUGAGGAAUGUGAGGCUGUUGUCUCGCGAACAGUUCUUUCAUCGGGCUACAGCCUCAAAAGUUAGAGCUGCUCAGAUGCAGGCCCAUGUUUCUAAUAUGGCUUCCAAGGCUUCACAAUAUGCUUUAUGAAAGGCAAGCCAUUUUACUGAUAUGCACCUUAAUAUCAGGCCAAUCUCAUAUAUUUCAAGGUUGGUUAGCUGUGAAUAAAAUUUUAAUGCUUGAUCACUCUAUAGAUUUUGAAACUUUCCGCAAUAGUGAAAUUAUUUGUAUUAGUAGUAAAAAAUUGAGUUUUUUUCCCAUAAGCAAUUGAUAUUCAUGUCUU